AUGCUUCCACUUCCAAGAUCAAGAUCAGUGUGUGUGGUGUCAUGCUUCCACCCGUCCCGGCAACAUGCGGUCCAUCGCCUUACCUGUGCCUCCUUGAGGAAGACAGUCCUGCUACCUCGCCUGUGACAGUCACAGAACUAGCCCAGGGGCCAGCCCGGGGCUCACAAGGAUCCAUAGGUCGUCGCGGUUCUCACACCAACAACAACAAGCGUGUGUGUUCGGACGUAGUGCUGGUAUAGCUUCACAUUUUACACGUUUGUAAAUUGUCUGCACUGCAUUUGUGCAUCAGAAUAUACAGUGUCUGCACCACACCAUUAACGAUAACCACGUUGUGUGCACUGUAAGCACACCAGGAUAGUGAAUAAACAAUGACACGUUCUCGAGGAGGAAAAAUACGCAACUUUGCCAGCGUCAAGCAAAAAAAUAAGAAGGAAGAGAGACAGCCAAGUAAAAGACAGUAUGAAGAAUUUGGAGAAGCUCAUCCCAUUGACGAAAAGGAAGCUAUUGUGAAAAGAUUGAAGGUGGAGGAUACUGAGGAUCCUGAGCCUCCUGAUGAUGGUGAGGGUUCAUCUAGUGAGGAGGAAGGUGAUGAAGAUGAUGUGCUAUCUAGACUACUAGCAACCUUCAACACUCAAAAUGGAAAAGCUGUAGACAAUGAUGAUGAUGACGAUGAUGAUGAGGAGGAGGAGGAGGAGGAGGAGGAGGAAGAGGAGGAGGAGGAGGAGGAGGAGGAGGAGGAGGAGGAGGAGGAAGAAGAAGAAGAAGAAGAAGAAGAAGAAGAAGAAGAAGAUAUGCUAAAAUGCAAUGAUGUAAAUGAAAGUGGUGAGUCUGAAAUUGAAGAAGAUGCAGCAGAAAAUAUUGAUUCCAGGUCACGAGAUGAUAUUUCUAGCAGUGAAGAUUCUGAGUGUCAUGAAGACAGAGAGGCAGUUAAUGACUCCUCUGAUGAAGAUCAUGCUACACACAGUCAGAAGGAUUUUUUUUCAAGACAUUUUGAAAAAAACCUGAGUAAAUUAUGUGCAGAACAAGUUAAAGAUAGGACAAAAUGGUCCUCAUCUUUUCAGAAAUGGCCUACUCUAGGGAGGAUAAAGAUUGAAAUACCAAAGGUUGAAAUGCAAGCCUCAAAACCUCUUUUGUUGGCUGAAGAAAAUGAGGCAGAUGAUCCACCUGCCAUUGGUUUGGUACCUCAGCCUCCAGACCUUGAAAAGUAUUGUCUGCAGGAUUACCACAUAAAAAAGAAUUUGCGAGAUAAUCUUUCCUUUACCAAUGAUACUGAUAGAGUCAUAAAGUAUCAAACUAGAUUGACAAACUUGCAGAAAGAGUUGUUAGGUGUUCUCUCAAAUUAUUCAGACUUGUACUAUCCAGAGGCCUCCCAUGAACAUUGGGAAGAAGUGAGAACUAUUUAUACUCUUCAUGCUGUAAAUCACGUUCUCAAAACAAGGAAGAGAGUUAUGAAUCACAAUGCCAAAAUCAAAUCCCUGAGAAAGAAGAAAAGUGGGGCUAUCAGUGAUGCACAUCGAGACCAAGGUUACACCAGGCCAAAGGUCCUUAUUCUGCUUCCAUUCAAACAUUCUGCUUACUUAGUGGUGGAGAUAUUAGUGGCACUGAUGUUUAAGGAAGCAAAGACAAAUGUGCAAAACUAUAGCCGCUUCAAAGAAGAUUAUGGUCCCAGAGCAGAGGAGAAAGAAGAUAGAAAUGACAAACUCAGCCGGCCAGAGGACUUUGUGGCUGUCUUUAAAGGUGACUCAAAUGAAGACUUCAAGCUUGGCCUGAAGAUCACCAAAAACUCUCUUAAGCUUUAUGCAGAUUUUUAUCAAUCUGAUAUCAUCCUGGCAUCCCCCCUGGGGCUGCGGUACAUCAUGGGCUCCACAAAUCGUACUGACAUUCAGACUGACUUCCUCACAUCAAUUGAAAUCCUUAUCCUUGAUCAGGCAGAUAUUUUUAUGAUGCAAAACUGGGAACACGUUCUUGUUUUGAUGGAUGCAAUCAAUAAGCCACCACACGAUGUCCAUAAACUUGAUACUGACCUGACCCGAGUGAGGCUGUGGUCCCUGGAGGGUCAUGCUCCUCUCUACCGCCAGACUGUCUUGUUCUCCUCAACCACUGUGGACCAUCACCGAGCCCUCAUCAGUAAAUGUUGCAACUUUGCUGGGAAACUGGAGAUAUUGAAUCCUGCACAGGGUGGGUCUGUGCAGGAGGUGGUGGUACCCACAGACCUGAUAAUCAACAAAAUACCCGGCAUUAGAGAUCCUGACACUCGCUUUCAUCAUUUCACAACUGAGCUGUUGCCCCGGCUCAGGGCAGAGCAGCGUUCCCACACACUAGUGUACAUUCCUGAUUAUUGUGACUAUGUGAGAUUACUGCGGCACCUGAAGGAGGAUGGUGGUACCAGCAUUGCUUCCAUCAAUGAAUAUAUGGUUGGGCAAAACAGCAAAAUAGCCAAGAUACGCAGCCUGUUCUUUGAGGGGAAGCGUCACUUUUUGCUUUACACAGAACGUUUUCACUUUUACCGCCGAUAUCGCAUCAAGGGUGUAAAGCACGUCAUAUUCUAUGACCUGCCAACUUACCCACACUUCUUCUCAGAGAUCUGUAACUUGAUGGUGGAGAGUAACCAGAACCGUAGAACUCGGAAGCAGCAUCUGGGUAGCACAGUGACAUUGCUGGUGCAGAAGUCCAACUUGACUCGUCUGAUUGGAAUCUUAGGCAGCCAGCGUACCACAGACAUCCUUUCCUCAGGGAAGGCCAUCCACAUGUGUGUUCUGGGAAAGUGAUUUUAAGAAUUUAGAUGUUGCCCAGUUUUGUGCAUUUAUUUUUAUAUUGUGUUAUAAACAUUUCCCCACCUACCAACAUUGAGCAGAACCACUUAUCCCCACCUACCAACAUUGAGUAGAACCACUUAUCCUCGCCUACCAGCAUUGAGCAGAACUACUUAUCCCCACUACCAACAUUGAGCAGAACUACUUAGGUAAUUCUCCAUCAAAGUGCUGGGAAUAAUAUCAGUCUAUUAUACUCAUAUUAUUGGGAGACGGUGGCUGAGUGCAUAAGGUGGUGAGUGUGGGAUCAGGCAGACGUACACACGUAGGUUCGAAUCCCACCACAUAUUGCCUUGAUUCUUUGCCAUAUGUCGAGUGGUUUAAAGUUACCUACAUGUCACCAUGAUACCCAGGUUCUAGGUGGUUACACCAAAGAUGUGCUUGGGUGGUGAUAUGGACCCUAAUAUGGGUACCACUAUAGAUAAAAUUGCCUG